CAAUUCACGAUAAGUAAAUCACGGGGACUGAUGCGAAUAACCUCUCGGCAAAUUCCGUGCUAAACUCCGACACAUCAUCUCAACUACACGACCAGCGUCAACGACGUCGACGGACACCCUCAAAUAAUUCCCCAUGACUGACUCGACUUUCAAACGUUUCGUAGAGGUUGGACGAGUGGUCCUUCUCAAGUCUGGCCCAUCUGCAGGCAAGAUCGCUGUCAUUGCUGAGAUCAUAGACCAUAACCGGGCAAUCAUUGACGGCCCAACCACCGGCGUACCGCGCCAAUCCUUCCCCUACCGCCACCUCACCCUCACCCCUAUUGCUCUAACAAAACUUCCUCGCGGCGCAGGGUCUGGUGUUAUCCGGAAGCAAGUGGAAAAGGAGGGAAUCGUUGCUAAGUGGGAAUCCUCAACAUGGGCCAAGAAGCGUGCUGCCAUGGAGAAGAGACGAUCACUGAACGACUUUGAGCGGUUCAGCGUGAUGGUCGUAAAGAAGCAGCGGAGAGACGUCGUCAGGAAGACCCUGGCCAAGGCUGCAUAGAGGAUGUAUGCAUACAAAAUAUUGGACAUCUUGGUAGGAUGUCGCGUCGCUGCAUGAUCCACAUUUCUCUUACAUCUGUUAUGCCUACCAUGAUAUAUGCAUGCGCUAUUCCCGCAUUAUAUU